UAUAUUUGCUGCCUCUUACCAUUAUUGGAGUAGAAGCUGAGAAGCAGAAAACAUGUUGGAAACAAUUGAUACACAUCGGGCCCUCCAGGCCAUGGAGCGCUUACAGGCGAAGCUUCGGGAUCGAGGUGACAUUGCAAAUGAGGAGAAACUGAGCUUAUUAAAAUCAGUGCUGCAGAGUCCUCUCUUUAAUCAAAUUCUCAACCUUCAGACUUCUGUUCAACAACUGAGAGAUCAGGUAAACAUUACACCUUCCAUACAUUCCACUGGUGAAUUCCCCCAGCUUCUGCAUCAUGGUGUGAACAUGGGGUCCUUGCCACAUAAUGAGUCAUAUUUGUUGGCUCAGCAGAAUGGCAGCCCAGCUAAUGUGCUAGAAGCAUCGAUGAGAUCCAUUACUCCUCAGAUUAAUGGGAAGUCCUCUAGUGAUGACUUUGAGCAGCUGAUAAGAAAUAUGUCCCAGGGUCGUCUUGUUGAGACCAUUGAGCUUAUUAAACCUUUAAGUGGUGGUCUGGGCUUCAGUGUCGUGGGACUCAAGAGUGAAAACAGGGGAGAAAUAGGAAUAUUUGUGCAAGAAAUUCAGGAGGGAAGUGUGGCACAUAGAGAUGGAAAGCUGAAGGAAGCAGAUCAAAUCCUUGCCAUUAAUGGACAAGCCCUUGAUCAGACAAUUACACAUCAACAGGCUAUCAGCAUUCUACAGAAAGCAAAAGAUAAUGUCCAGCUAGUUGUGGCCAGGGGCACUUUCCCUCAGCUCAUAAGUCCUGUAGUUUCCCGGUCUCCAUCUGCUGCUAGCACAGUUUCAGCCCAUUCCAACCCGGUUCACUGGCAGCAUGUGGAGACCAUUGAGUUGGUGAAUGAUGGCUCAGGUUUGGGAUUUGGGAUAGUGGGAGGCAGAUCAACUGGAGUGAUCGUUAAAACCAUCCUCCCAGGAGGGGUGGCUGAUCAGCAUGGAAGACUGUGUAGUGGAGACCACAUCUUGAAAAUUGGUGAUACGGACCUUGCUGGAAUGAGCAGUGAGCAGGUGGCACAAGUUCUGAGGCAGUGUGGAAAUCGAGUGAAACUGGUGAUUGCAAGAGGUCCUGUUGAGGAGCCACCUCCACCAGCAGUCCCUCCAGGUACUCCAGUACCCAUCUCCACACCAGAGAAACAUGCAGAUGCUUCUGUUGAUGGCUGUGAAGAUGGGGAGAAAUUUAAUGUUGAGCUCACUAAAAACAUCCAGGGAUUAGGAAUAACUAUUGCUGGUUACAUUGGAGACAAAACAUCAGAACCUUCUGGUAUUUUUGUGAAAAGCAUUACAAAAGGCAGUGCUGUUGAACAGGAUGGCAGAAUCCAUGUGGGAGAUCAAAUUAUAGUUGUGGAUGGAACAAAUCUUCAGGGUUUUACUAACCAGCAGGCAGUUGAUGUUUUGCGGCAUACGGGACAAACGGUUCGGCUCACUUUGAUCAGAAGAGGGCUUAAGCAGGAAAAUCAUAUUCAGCCCCAGGAGGACUUCAAUGCUGCUGUUGAAAAGGACUUACUGUUCCAAACAAUGGAUAGUAGCACAGCCAAAGAUAACAGUGAAAUGGAACAAGGAUCUCCAUUACUGUCAUGCAGUGCCAGUGUGGUAAAUACUGGAGAGGACAUAAACCAACAAGAAACAGAUUUCCAGAUAACUACUACAGAAGAAGCAGCUAUGAAGGCAAAGUGGCAGAGGAUUAUGGGUUCGAAUUAUGAAAUAGUGGUGGCUGUAGUUAACAAAUUUAGUGAAAGCAGUGGGUUAGGCAUAAGCCUUGAAGCUACAGUGGGUCAUCAUUUCAUCAGAUCUAUCUUACCGGAGGGGCCAGUUGGACGAAGCGGCAAGCUGUUCAGUGGUGAUGAGCUGCUGGAAGUGAAUGAGAUCUCUUUGCUUGGAGAAAACCACAAGGAUGUGGUCAAUAUCUUGAAAGAACUACCUAUUAAGGUGACAAUGGUGUGCUGUCGUCCAGUAGCUCCUUCCAUCACUCACACAGAAGUACUGGAGAGCCUAAGUCUAUCUGAGGUUCAACUCACAGAAAAGGCUCAUGUAGAUCUUGGAUUCAUCGGCUCCUCGGACACAGAGGGAACAGCUUUGGAAAUAGCUGAUGAGGGUCAGAGUAUGGAAGAGGUGCAAAGUUCAUCUUUGGCGAUGUGGGAAACAGAAGUACAGCACAUUGAGCUGGAGAAAGGAAGUAUGGGACUUGGAUUUAGCAUAUUGGACUACCAGGAUCCUGUUGAUCCGGCAAACACUGUAAUUGUGAUUCGCUCAUUAGUUCCUGGAGGUGUGGCUGAGCAAGAUGGCAGACUUCUUCCUGGAGAUCGACUUAUGUUUGUCAACGAUAUCAACUUGGAAAAUGGAAGCCUGGAGGAAGCGGUUCAAGCACUGAAAGGAGCCCCAGCAGGAACAGUUAAAAUAGGAGUUGCCAAACCAUUGCCUCUUUCACCAGAGGAGGGCUAUGUCUCUGCUAAGGAAGAUUGCUUUUCCUACACUGCCCAGUCAAUUGAGGAGGAGGGGCCAGCUGAUGCAGCCCUCUUCCAUGCUGAGCUGGCUCUGGUGGACUCCAACGAGGCAGAUCUAGCGGAUGAGUCCACAUUUGAAUCGCAGUACUCUCUAGAGAGUGACAUCUUCCAGGCUUCAGUGAUAGCUCUGCAUGGCAGUGCCUGUAGCGAUGAGCUGAACUACAGCUUCUCUCUUCCAUUGUCAACUCCCAAGUCUGUUGGAGAGGAAUGUUCAAAUGCCGCAACUGAUUUCCAAGUAUCUGACAAGAAUCUUUACAACAUGGAUCUGAGUCAGAGAGUGAGAGAGCAAAAGUUUGUAGUGGGCAAUAGCCUGGAAACUGCAACUGAUUUUCCUGAAAAAGAUCUUCUGCCUCUGGAUGUUUCGGAUAUCAACCAAAAUGAAAGUGAAGACACAGCAACAUGGACUGGAUCUCAGAUAACAGCAGAAAUUGCACUAAGUACAAGCCUCACUACUACCAUGCAGCUUGAUCCCACUGGAAAAAAUCAAGUGCUUUUAAUGGAAAAGAGAUGCCCAGUGUCUUUGGAGGGAAAUUCUACAACCCCAGAUUCAGUCAAAAACAUGUACGAGAAGACUAUCACUAUUGCAAAAGGCAAUUCAAGUCUAG